AUGGAUGCCCUCAAGAAUAUCGCCAACAAUGUCCCCGAUUGGCUCAAUCGUCUCGACGAACUCGGGGACCAAAUAGACCAACGCCAAGUUGAGCUUGCUGCGCUUGGAGCGGACAGCUCGUCGCGAUCUAUCAAAAACCGCGGGUCUACCGAAUCGCUCAAGCCGAAGGACGAACCCGCCAAUGCCAUUUCCCCAGCAGCCGACGAAGUAAAUGCCGAAGAGGCAGACGCCCAACGAGCUACUGGUGCCAAGACACCUCCCCACGAUGAACCGAAAACCAACGACCACCCCUCCAGCCCAAGCAGCGGUACGCCGUCUGCCCUCAAGAAGCAGACCGAGCAAGCAAUGGCACUGGCACAAGCUCGAGCCCGUGCUGUGGUAGAGAAGAGACCCCGUCCGAAUUCUAUCCUAUCAGUCGAGGAAGACGCGCCGAUCAAGUACCGAUCACGAAAGCUAGUCAUGGUCUACUAUGACAGCUAUGUACAACUUUUCUUUGAAGAGUUGGUCAAGUUUGUGUCAGCCAGCCGUAACCUGAUGCGGAAGGCAAAGAUGGCAGCAAAGGUGGCACAGAUUCGUCGCUUGGCGGAACAAGAGUUACCGGAAGAGGACGAUGGUGAUAAGGCUGGCGACCUCCAGCCAGAUACAGCCAACAAUACCAGCGGCUCCGACGCGCUGCCGUCCUUGCGGUACUUGAGCACAAGACGGAUGGGACCCGGCGGCCGGAGGGGGCCUUCGUAUACGAGAGCCGGACAGGCCGGCGGUGGUGGUGCCGUGAUGGGUGAUGGCGGUCCAGAUGCCUACGAUGAGCUGGACAAGUGUCUCGAAUACGUGCAGAAUCAGUGCGAGCAUGCAGCACACCAAUUCCUGCGCGAUGGCGAGUGCGCGGAAGAGGUUGGCAAUAUUCAACGACGGUUGUCAGAGACCAAAGAGCUAGCCGUCAAGGAGAUGGAAAGAGUCCAGAAAGAAGAGCCCGAGCUGCUCAAGGCGGCAAACGAGGCGAAAAAGGUGCGGACUCUUCGACCAACGAGCAUGCGGCGAGAGCUCACGGCCGCCAAGGACAGCAACCCACCCAUCACACCCAGGAAGCUCGAGGUUGACGCAAAGAUAGAGGCGGAGACCAAGACUCCAGUCGCUAAGACGAUUGAGGUGGACAUGUCUAAGCCUCUCGAGGCGGAUGAUGGGCCUAUUGAGGCCGAUAAUGACGAGGGGGUCGACGACAUGGAGAUCACCCUACCACCUCGUUUGAACUAUCGAUCCACUAGGGCGAUGCGUGGCUAG